ACGUGCGUAAAACUUUUGACCCGUACAUGCAGCUCCGAACCAUGCCUAUUAAAAAAUAUAAAACAUGCAUUGAUUUGGCUAACGGUUUUUGGUCUGUCCCUUUAGCGCAAGAAAGUCGAGCUAAAACUGGCUUUACGUUUGAAGGAAAGCAUUAUCAAUGGUGCGUUUUGCCUCAGGGAUGGGUAAACGCGCCGAAUAAAUUUCAAGGAGUCGUACAGUCAUAUCUGGAAGGUUUACCUGUCGUUCAAUAUAUCGAUGACAUAUUUUUCACGCAUGACUGUGAAAGCGAACACCUGAAAACUUUGGACGAGGUGGUGACCAGGCUGACAUGUGCAGGAUUCAAACUCAACUUGAAGAAAAGCCAACUAGGACGCACAAAAGUUACGUUCCUAGGUUUUGAAGUGUCAGAUUCAGUGUCGGUACCUUCCACCUAUCUGCAGAACAUAACACCCCCGCGUGACUUACUCACGCUGGAAGGUGUUAUCGGACAGCUCCAGUACAUUUCCAGCAACGUCCGUGAUUUUCGAAGCAUCAUUGAUCCCAUAAUGUCACUUAAAAAAGGUCUCAGAACCAAAGUGGGUCAGAAACUGGUGACGCACAACUGCAAACUGAGCUCACAGGAGCUUGAGACUCAUCAAGCAGUGAUGGUUAAAAUGGGUGCUAAUCUAAUGAAUCUUUCAAAUAGAGAGCAUCAUGAACCGUUAGCUGUUAAGAGUGAUUGUAGGACAGGAUUUCACAGAGUGUUUAUUUCAGAACUAUGACAGCAAGAGUCUGAUAACAUGUAAAGGCUAUAAACUCGCACCAACUGAGAGCCGUUACACGCCCAGCGAAAAGGUGCUGACCACCCUGAUGAAACAUAAAGAUAUGAUGUUCGCUCUGGCCGGAUCGCAAAAAAUCAUAAUUCAAUCUACUGAUUAUAUGAUUAAAGAACUUCGGAAAGAUCUCCUCCCACAGGCGAGGGCCGUUUUACCCAGAUGGGCAAAGUGGGAGAUGUUAUUGGCAAACCCGCAGAUUCACGUGGAAGGAGAAACAAAACUUAAGCCUGACAGGAAAGAGGUUGUUAAACCCAUAAAACCAGAGGCAGUUUACUACACUGAUGGAUCUAAGAAAACGGCAGAUGCAGACUUCUGUAAGUGGGGGUUUGUGAGACAGCUAAAGGACAGGAAGUACCAACAAACUGGACAGACUUUCGGAUCCGCUCAAACUGCAGAAUUGACGGCCGUUGUCAUGGCGCUUGCUGAAGCGUGUAAGCUGAAACUCAAAUCAGUAAGAUUGGUCAUAGACUCUAAAUAUGUUAAAGACGGGCUAGAUGACCAUUUGUCAUUUUGGGAAGCUAAAGAUUUCCAGAAAACUGAUGGAGAGAGAUUGGAACACGCUGACUUGUGGACCUUAGUAUCGUGUUAUAAGAAGAAAUUACAGAUUCAGGUGACACAUGUAAAUAGCCAUACAAAUGGAAAAAGCGAGGAUGAUAUCGGAAACGCAGAAGUGGAUGAAUUAGUACAAGCUCAAGCUUUGUUUCUACCCACAGCGUUUUUACAGAACAGGAGCGCUGCAGCUGAUGAAGAGCUGGUGACAUUUGCGCAUAAAAAUUACGGACACGUAGGAGUGUUGCGUUUGCGUGAGAUUUUCAAAAAAGAAAAGAUUUCUGUACCAAAGCUAAAAGAACUAACAGCACGAGUAAAAGCGACAUGUGAGUCGUGUAAAGAAAAAGGAGGGGCUCAACCCGUGAUUUAUGACCAUUUGCCCAUCAUGUGUGAUGUGCCGGGGGUGCAUUUCAGCACGGAUGUUGGUGAAUGUGCCUCGAGAGGAGUGAACGGACAUAAGUUCUUUUUGGUAAUCAAAGAUAAUGGACCAGGUGAUCAGAGCAAGAUAAUACCGCUGAAACGUGUCACAGGAAAUACGGUCAGCAUGGCCUUAUCUCUGCAUCUGCCCCUCACGUGUGAGUCACUCCGUUCAGAUGGAGGACCUGAAUUUAAGAAUGACAAAGUUUCUUGUCUGCUUGAAUCAAGGGGGAUAAGACACAUUUUUUCUAUCCCAUACGAGUCCCACACUAACGGAAUAGCAGAAAGAGCAGUUAGGACGAUAAAAAAUCACAUCCUAACUAACCUGAGCUCCCGAUGGGAUACACCGGAGGGAGUUUCAGAACUAAAUGUGAUCCUUAAUAGAACGAAGCUGAAAAGAACUGAGAAAAAAACUAACCCAGAACACGUCUCUGUGUUACAGAAAGGUGAAAGAAUUUGGGUCAAAAGAGGACCGGUUCGAAAAGGAGAUUGCAUUAAGCAUAACGAAAUGUGGGUGGGUGUGCUUCACCAUGUCACAGGGAAUGGACCCGUGGCAAAUGUGACCAUGGACCACUUGAUGCAACGACCAGUGUUAAAGAGCUCAUGGUGCCAGGAUCUCCACCACACGAGGCUCUUCAACGAAUCAUGUUCAACAGACGCUGGUUGAAGGAUGUCACCAAUCUGACCUUUAGGUCAACUUCAGAACUGGAGAGUUUCCAGAAUUGCAUUCUCAUGUAUGUUGGAAAAAGGUUUGCCUUCUCUCCUCCCAUCUAUGAAGCCAGGUGCCUUCUUGCUGCGUUGGAUUACAACCACCACAACCACUGACCAGAUUAUAUAACCCGGAAAAAUGAGAAGUCAUACAAGCGGCUCUACAGCAUAAAGUUACAAAAUUACCGCAUACAAGUGGUCAAGGUUGCCAAAGACUACGGCUACAUCCCUGAACUUCAGCGUUGCAUCCUCAGAAAACGUAUGGAUGGAGGGGCGCUCCCAAGAAAGGCAAAAUGCAACCCCGGUGACCCAAGAAAUCUUGGGAAUUUAGCUGGAGUUGUGGCACCCCCCACGCCAGAACUGGUCUAGACACAAAUUCGCAGAGGACAGGCCCCAGCUACAUGACGCAUCAAAAGACAGGAAUGACUUCUUUCAUGCACACUGAUUUAUUAGAAAUUAAGAAAAAAUACUAUGUACAAAUGCAAAUAACAGAACUUUUUUGUACAUAAAUAAAAAUAAAUAUAUUGCACAAUCA